GAGAGGAGAUGAGCUCAGAAGAGAAAACUUCCACCAUGUCCCAGAAGAUCUCCUCUCCAUCUCACAGCAAUAGUAGUUCCUCCUCCAAACAUGAAAGCAGACAGUCUAAUAUCUCUCUCAGUACUCUCUGCAUUUGGUCUUCUCUGCCUUCAUCAUCCCACCUCACUGCAGUCAUUGCCUGCCAAGCUUCAUCGUCAUCAUCAUCAUCUUCGCCAUUGGACUUCUGUUGCUGUUUUUCGCCUGCUGUGUUUACCACUCAAUUAUUCAUUAAAUAUAAUUUGAACUGUUACCUGCAUCUGGGUCCUCUAUUUAUCCUGACAUAACGAUCCGAGCAUUAUCAUGGACCCAGCAGGACUCGCCGAAAUCCAGCAGUUCCUCACUCAUCAGGAUUCCCGUCUCGCUCAGCAAGAGGAGGUUGCGAGAUCCACCGGGUGAGCAAUCGAAGCUUUGGCAGCGCAAUUCACCGAGCUCUCCUCCCUCGUCCAGCGACUGUUGUCUCAAGAUGAGUCCCCUGUGCCCACACCACCAUUGCCGCCCCCGCCGGAGUCAGCACCACCCACUGCUUUACAAUCUGAACCUCUGAUUAACCCUCCAGCAUCCUAUUCAGGUGAGCCUAACUUUUGCAGAGCUUUUUUAUCUCAGUGCUCUCUGGCUUUAUCUCUGACUUUCCUUGUAGCUGUCUGCAUUUCCCACUGAGCAAUCCAAGGUGGCUUAUGUUAUUUCACUGCUGACUGGUCGGGCAUGUCUGUGGGGAACGGCAGUGUGGGAACAGAAACAUCCAUGUUGCGCCUCAUUCCAGCCCUCCGCUGAUGAACUCCGGAAGGUCUUAGAUCGUGCAGCGCAUGGCAGAGAGGCAGCACAUGCUUUAGCCGAACUUCACCAAGGAACGCUAUCAGUAUCAGAGUAUUCCAUCGAGUUUCGGAUGCUUACAGCUAGUUGCAACUGGAACGAGGAGGCGCAGUGGGACUUAUUCCUGCAUGGGUUGGCUGACCGCAUCGAGGACGAGAUCUAUGCUCUGGAUCUACCCAAGGAUUUAGAUGAACUGGUUGAUCUUGCUAUUCGAGUGGACACAUGUCUUCAGUAUCGCUCGCGUCUAGGAUCCACAGGGGAGUUUUGAGUCAGGUUGCGGUCAGCCAGUCAUCAGAGGGAGAACCCAUGCAGGUGGGCAGAGCUCGGUUGUCCCGGGAGGAGAAGAACCGCCGACGCACACAAGGUCUGUGUCUCUACUGUGGAUCUCCAGGUCAUCAAGCAUGUUCCUGUCCUGUAAAAGAGAGAGCCCCUCAGUAGUUCAGAGGUUACUGGUGGGUAGUUCAUUUCUACAGAAAUCUUCAUCUUCCACUCUCCUCCCGGUACGACUGCAGUGGGGUUCUCUUCAACACUCCUGUCAAGCCCUAGUCGACUCCGGUGCUGAAGCCAACCUCACUGACGCUUCUCUGGUCAAGGCUCUCAAGAUCCCCACAUCUACACUCAAUGUCAAGAUUCCGGUCAAUACUCUAUGCAACACUCAACUUACGGAAAUAACUCACUGCACCACCACCUGAAACCUCAUUGUCUCCGGAUGAACCGGUGGAUGUUUCCAGAGUUCCCAUGGAGUACUACAACCUGAGAGGGGUGUUCAGUAAGUCUCGGGCUGCAUCUCUUCCUCCUCAUCGUCCCUAUGAUUAUGCUAUUGAGCUUAAAUCAGGUGCGGGGUUCUUUCUCGUGGAAAAGAAGGAACAUGUUCAGCACGUCAGACGAGUGCUCCAACGGCUGCUAGAGAAUGGGCUUUUUGUCAAGGCCAAGAAGUGCGAGUUCCACGCUCGAUCGGUAACCUUUCUGGGAUUCAUCGUGUCACUGGAGGGGAUUCAGGACAGCUGGGAGAUCGUCGAGGGCUUGCGUGGUGGUCUGUCUAAUGUACAGGAGCCAGAGAGGCAGGCAGGCUACAUGUUGAAGAAGAGGAAAUGGCCCAUGAAAGGCUGGCACAAGAGAUACUUUUACUUGGAAAAAGGCAUUCUGAAGUAUGGCAAAUGCCCUGCUGAUAUCAAGAAAGACAAGCUGCAUGGCUGCAUUGAUGUGGGUCUGUCCGUCAUGGCCAUUAAGAAGAAAGCCAAGUGCAUUGAUCUGGAUGCCGAAGAAAACAUUUAUCACCUGAAGAUCAAGUCCCAGGAGCUUUUUGAUGAGUGGGUCUCUAAGCUUCGUCACCACAGACUUUACAGGCAGAAUGAGAUCGCCAUGUUCCCUCAUGAGAAAACUCUCUUCCACCCUCAUUACCCCCUCACCUCCUCCCCCACCAUACCUGACAGUCAGUCCAUGAGAAAGCAUGCCUCUCUCGCAAAGCAGUCCUCUCUCCACUCGCCUGUAUCUUUUACCAGUCAGGCCAAGGUGACCGCAUGGCUCCAGUCUUCUGAUGACAUGGACAGGUGCACCAAAGAGCUUUCAGUAUGUGAGACUCAGCUGCUGGAACUGAAUCACUUGUUAAGAAGUAUGGAGGUGUUGCACCGCACCUGUUCUGCCCCAGCCAUCAAUGCUCUGCAGGCUUCAACGUAUGAUAGCCCGAAAAAAGAGAAAAGACAUCCCAGAAAGUGGCGGCACAAGAAUUAUGGGAAAGACAACAAAACAACCCUACAGGUUCCAAGCUGUAUCUCUUCAGGUUCUGUCCGUCUCCACGCAUCCAAUCCCAACCUCUCCUCAGUCGAGCUGACCAAUGAGAAGAGUUACCAUGAGCCCCUGGAUUCACCUAUAGACGUAUCCAAAUUGCAGGAAGACUUCUGCCGUGUUGCAAACAACCUUCAUGCAACCAUGAAGUCAGCCGUGAGCAUGCUGACAACAGAGAAAGAGAGACUCAAACAGAUGCUGGAGCUUGAGUCUUGUCCUGCCCCCUCAGCCCAGCUCCUGGGAUUGAAGAGUGCCUUGACGGCUGCUGUAACGCAGAACGCUGAGCUGAGAGAGCGUCUGUGCAAGAUUCAUGCUGAGUCGCACAUCUCUGAGCCCUCAGUCCAUAUAAACCUCAGCCCUGUCCCCCUGCAGAAGCAAGACUCCAGUGAUGGUUCCCGCCUCCUUGUCCACCAGGUGUCCAAUGAGAGCAGAGCUUCCAUUACAGAGUCUCUCUCAGAGUUCUUUGAUGCACAGGAAGUGCUGCUGUCAGCUAGUUCUUCUGAAAAUGAGCCUUCGGAAGAUGAUUCAUAUAUCAGUGACAUCAGUGACAACGUGUCCAUGGACAACUUCAGUAAUGAGGCAGAGAAUGAGAGACUCAAUAUUGGAUUUGUAGAGAACGGCAGUGAACAGCGGCGGUCAUGUCUUCCCUCCCCUAGUCCCAACACCAGCAACAUCAGCCUGUGGCACAUCCUGAAGAACAACAUUGGGAAGGACCUUUCGAAAGUGGCCAUGCCUGUUCAACUCAAUGAGCCCCUCAACACACUGCAGAGGUUGUGUGAGGAACUGGAAUACAGUGAACUCCUCGAUCGGGCCGCACACACACAGGACCCAUUUGAGCGCAUGGUGUACAUUGCCAUAUUUGCUGUGUCAGGCUAUGCUGCCAGUUACUACAGAGCAGGAGGGAAACCCUUUAAUCCAGUGCUGGGUGAGACCUACGAGUGCGACCGUCCAGACAAAGGCUUUCGUUUUGUGGCCGAGCAGGUCAGUCAUCACCCCCCUAUAUCAGCGUGUCAUGCUGAGUCUAAAAACUUCAUCUUUUGGCAAGAUGUCAGGUGGAGGAAUAAGUUCUGGGGAAAGUCCAUGGAGAUUGUACCUGUAGGAACAACACAUGUGAUUCUUCCUGGUUUUGGGGAUCACUAUGAAUGGAAUAAAGUGACAUCAUGUAUCCACAACAUUCUGAGUGGGCAGCGCUGGAUUGAGCACUAUGGCGAAAUCUCCAUAAAAAACUCCAACAGCGAGAAAUGCCAGUGUAAAGUCACAUUCAUUAAGGCAAAGUACUGGAACUCGAGCAUGAACGAGGUUGAGGGAGCAGUCACCGACCACAAAGGGAAGGUCGUUCACAAGCUUUUUGGGAAAUGGCACGAGGGCAUGUACUGCGGCACCCCACCCUCUGCUACCUGCAUCUGGAGGACAAAUUCAAUGCCUCCAGACUACGAGCAAUACUACGGUUUCACCAAGUUUGCUAUGGAGCUAAAUGAGCUUGACCCUGCUACUAAACCAUUUCUUCCACCCACAGACACAAAGCUGCGACUUGACCAGAGAUUAUUAGAGGAAGGAAACGUUGAAGCUGCAGAAGUGCAGAAACAGAGAAUUGAACAGCUUCAGCGUGAGAGACGAAGAGUCCUGGAGGAGAAUCACAUGACACAUCAACCUCGAUUCUUCCAGAAGUCCAAAGAUGAAACCUGGAUGAGCAACAACACUUACUGGGACUUGAGAAAAGAUCCUGGAUUCAGCAAACUUGACUGUCCAGUCCUCUGGUAACUCAGAGGCAGCCAAUAUUUAUCUGUGCUCACUGUUGCCUGCUCUUUUCUAUUCUGGCCAACAUUACAACAUCAAGAGAAAACACCUCUUAAAGUGAGGUAGAGACUGAUAGAGCUGAUGAAGAAAAACUGGCCAUCAGAUUUAAGCGUGACAUAGGGAACCACACCAGACCUUUGACUAAGAAUUAUAUAAUUUCAUGUCACUCCUUAAAGGAAAAGUAAAAGUAAAAAAAUUAAUAAAAAAUAAACAUUAUGUUGUCAUUUACUCACCCUCAUAUCAAUCCAAACCCUUUGCUUUCUUAUUUGGAACACAAAAGAACAUGUAAGGCAGAAAUGUGAUGGACUGACAGCUCAGUCACCAUUCACUUUCAUUGUAUGGAACAAAGAUGCAAUGAAAGUGAAUGGUAACUGAGGCUUACAUUAUGCCUGACAUCUCCUUUUGUGUUCCACGGAAGAAAGACAUUCAUACGGGUUUGAAACAACAUGUGGGUAAGUAAAUUAUAAUUUUAGGGUGAACUAAUCCUUUAAUAUUUGUUAUUUAAUGUCCCAGCAGUUCAAUUGCCUUAAUAUGCUUACAUUAUCUAUUAUGGUUUCUUUUGUGCAAAUGCAUCCCUUGAAAGUAUAAGAAAUAUGCAAUCUUGGCCCAGUUCAUAUUCUUGUUUUGUUGCUGUGCACAAUACGUAGCACGAGAAACCAACACAAAUACUGUUGGGUUAUGAUCUCUUGUGGCUAAAUGUGGUAUAUACAGGUGCAUCUCAAUAAAUUAGAAUGUCGUGGAAAAGUGCAUU